UAUUCUUGUCCCUAUAAGUUAUGAUCGCGUGACCGACAAAAAUAACUGAUUAUCAUAACUCCUCAUUAGUAUGCUAAUGUCAUUGGUUUUAUUCCGAGAAUUUGGUUUGUCCGUUUUCGCACACUGCAUAAUGUCUUAACUCUAAGCAUAACAUUUCUGAGAACUUGAAUGAAAUUGUCUUCGUUUUGAAAGACGUGAUCAAGCACUUAUAAAUUCACGACUCUUAUCGAUCGACAAAAUUUUAUUGAGUACGGUUCUGGACGUGACAAUUAUGGCGUGUUCAACUUACGAAAGUGCCAGUGUGACUUGUUAUGUUCCUCAUGGUAAUCAUCUUCUUCCUGUCUACGUGCCAAGCAACACUCGACUAACAGAUCUUGUCGGGGCGCUACAUGACGCAAACGCGCACGUAAAAUUGAGGGAGACGAAGGGUAAAAACUCCGAUUCAAGAAGUGUAAUAUUGGUGAUUGGGCAGGAGGGCAGCGAAGCAGAAAGUGAAGAUGUAGCAACCCUUAUCGAUCAGGCGUUCACUGGCAGCAGUUCAAUUGCAAAUCGAAACCCAACGGAAGGAGGCGCAACGUUCACAGUUUCCACUCCUCAUAGUUCAAAUGGCGGAGAUGACGACCCACUAGUGCCGCCAAGAAUGAGCCUGAAAGGCUCCAGUCUGUAUACCUACAUGUGGUUGACAUUUCAGUGGAUCGAGCCAAGAGAAGAAGGAAAUUACUCUGGUAAGUUUGCUUUCAUGUUGUACAAAAUUAUGAGGGCAGCUGUUGCAUUAAGUUUAUGGGCAGCGAUGGGCUUUGAGAUAUUUAAUGUGUUUAACGGUUUAUCAGCCCUUUUGGCAAGUACAAAUACUUUCACCUCAAUUGUGGCAGUGAUGCAUCGCUUGCUUUGGACGCUGCGUUAUGUAAUUCUUCAUCAUCUUGGCUUGUGGUUCUUUGAAGCUCAUCGAGGACACAUAAAUGACAUUUUAACUAACAAAGGGCGCGUUUCGUUCAUUCAGUGGCAAAGAUCACGUCGUCUGAUCAAUGAUCAUAUGGCAGCAACAGCAUUUGUUCUCCUUGCAUUGCCCUUGUUACAGAAGUUGAUUCCGAUUUUCAUAGAACACGCAAGUGGAAUUCCUCGAAAUUGGGACGUCACUGUGGAGAGUGUGGAGUUUUUUGUUCUUGUUUAUAGCAGAGUCAUGGCCAUGCCAGCGUUUUUCUUCCUUGUUCUCGUGGUUGAAAUUCAUAUCCUGGAACUGAAGAACUUCAACGAACAGAUACAGCAAAGUGACAAAAGUUUAACAGAACUCCUAAGGAAAUUCAAAACAUUGUCAAGGAGGAUUCAAAAUUCUUCCCUGGCAUUCCAACCAUUAAUCGUGGCGCUUCUUUUCCUGUUGGUGCUGUGGGGAACAAUCAGUGUUUAUUCCAGUGUGGAGAUGUUUGAGCAUAUUCCUUCAUCAAGAAGUAUUUACUAUGGAGUAGUGCUCUCUGAGUGUUUAGGAACGUUUGGGGUGUUCCUCUGUGAAACGGUGUUCCUUUUCUCCCUUCCACUGUAUAAAUUAGGGCAAGUCAGUUCGCAGCUCAGCCAUCUGAUUUACACGGUUACGACAAUUGACUGUGAUGAUCAACGUGAAAGAGGGUUUGUUUUUAAAACUGAAGAGAAGAAAGUACUGUUUUCCGGUCUCUUAGAAAGACACCAACGAUAUGGAAAUGUGGGAUUUAAGGUAGCUGGCCUUCAACUUACACAACUCAAGUCUAUAUGGCUUACUCUUCUUGGUCCAGUUAUUGUCUUUGUCGGAAACAUUUUCUUAAAGGAGCAUUUUUAGCUAUUUACUUGCUACAGCAGGCUCGUUUAAGGGGUGUUAAACAAGCCAGUAGAUAAAUGGGUUAUUGAUCUAGUAUGAGGCCAAGAUGGCUGGAUAUUGGCCAAGUGCUGUUAGAUGUAAGAUUAUAUUUUAUCACUUGUGAUUUAUAGAGUAUUGCUGUUGCCUGUUGUUUUUCACCAAAAUGAACUCAAUGUCCAUAAUGAUCCAAAUCAAAGGCUCCUGUGAGCCAGCUCAUGGACGAAUGUUUCUGUCUGCCUCAGUUUCAAAACGAGUCUUC